UGAAAAGAUACACAGAGACCCUACUGGUAGCCAGAGACUUUAAUAUUCUUCCCCACCACCGUUUCUGUCAUCAAGUCUACACAGAUGGACAGAAAACAAUUGCAACACCAGGUCGCCUACACGAGGAGGUCCCUGUUUGAUCAGGGAUACCUUGAUGACCAAUUCAUUCAGCUCGAGCAUUUGCAAGAUGAAGCAAACCCAAAUUUUGUCGAGGAAGUUGUGAGACUGUUUUACAGUGAUUCAGUAAGAUUGAUUCAGAACAUUGAGCAGGCGAUGAUCAAUAAGCCUAAUAUUGAUUUUGGUAAGCUGGAUGACUACAUGCAUCAGUUCAAGGGUAGCAGCUCAAGCAUUGGAGCUAAGAAGAUGAUGAAGGAAUGCUCAAAGUUCAGGGAAUAUUGUUGUGCAGGAAACAUCGAAGGAUGCAUCAAGACAUUGCAGCUACUCAAGCAAGAGCAUGCCACUUUGAGGAGGAAGCUAGAGACCUACUUUCAGCUGGUAAAACAAGCUGGACUAGCCUAGAGUGCCUGAAGUAAUAAUACAAGAGACCAGCAAUCCUAACCAGCAUUUUGUGGAAUAAUUUUUGUAGACGCAUAAAGCUGGAUUAAUAUACUUUUGAGCUAUAUGUUAUGGAUUCGAAAAUCUCACUACUAAUGAUUCCAGUAAUUUCUCAUGGCUUUUAUCCGUGCAUGAUGAUGUAUGAUAGAGUUGCAUUGCAAAUUGCAAAGACAGAGAGCACCAAGGCCAGGCUCUCAUACGUUUAGCAGAAACUAAUGUAUUGUCAAAAGGAUGAUCUAAGCGAUGUUUAUCCAAGUCAUUAAACCCAA